CAAGCAACAAGAGAGAGCCCCAGGCAGCUCACCACCGCGGCGCAGCGGCAAUGGCGACCCGCCGGCAGCACCGCCGCGCCUUCCCUCUGGUCCCGCUCCUGAUCACGCUCAUGGCCGCCGCAGCGUACGGCCGCCUCAUCUCCGACGGCUCCCCGUCGGCGCCGCUCGUCUCGGUGAUCCGCCUCGCCGCGCUGGCCGCGGCCGGGGCGGCGGAGGGGAAGUGCGAGCAGUCGUACGGCUUCCUCCCCUGCACCACCACCGUGCUCGGGAACCUCUUCCUUGUCCUCGUCUACGGCUUCCUCAUGUUCAAGGCGGCCACGUACCUGUCUGCGGGCAGCGAGCUGCUGCUCGAGAUCAUGGGGCCGGGGCUCGUCGGCGGCCUCCUCCUCCCCAUCCUUGGCGCCCUCCCCGACGCGCUCCUCGUCCUCGUAUCUGGCCUCUCUGGGAGUAAAGAGACAGCACAAAGUCAGGUCCUGAUCGGAAUGGGGCUGCUUGCUGGUUCUACUGUCUUCCUCCUCACCCUGCUUUGGGGAACCUGUGUUGUUGUUGGUAAAUGUGACCUUGGCCCAAACCGUGAGGCAGUUGAUUUAACGAACACCAAGGGCUUCAGCCUGACUGGCACCGGUAUCACAACUGAUGUGCAGACCAGCUAUGCAGCACGGAUCAUGGGGCUAUCUGUUAUCCCCUUCAUCAUUGCUCAGUUCCCCAAGAUGUUGAAGACCCACCAUGGGCAGCGCCUGGCUGUCUUGUUGGCUCUUAUCGCGUCAUUCUUGCUCGUGCUUUCCUACUGCCUGUAUCAGGUUUUCCAGCCAUGGAUUCAGAGGAGGAAGCUCGCUUACGCGAAGCACAAACAUGUGAUCUCCGGGAUCCUGAGGCAUGCCCAAAUGCAGGCACUCGGCCGUCUGCUCAACGAUGACGGCACACCCAAUGAUGACGUCAUCAGAAAGCUGUUCCACAAGAUUGACCUAGAUAAGAGCCGCACCCUUUCCCAGGCCGAGCUGCAUGCUCUCAUCGUCGGUAUCAACUUCGAGGAGGUUGACUUCGACAGGAUGGACGCGGUCGAAAAGGUCAUGGACGACUUCGACACGUCCCGCAACGACGCCGUGGAGGAGGAGGAGUUCGUGCAGGGGAUGAAGAAAUGGCUCAACGAGGCCAAGCGCAGCGUGCCGGCGAGCGGCGCCUUCUCGAACAAGUUCAUCAACGAGUUCCACGAGAGGACGAGGCAGGAGCACGACCAGCUGAUCGACAGGUCCGACGAAGCGGUGGAGAGCGUGGAGAACCCCGGGUGGUGCAUCGCAAAGGCCGUGGGGUUCCUCCUCCUGGGCGCCGCCAUCGCCGCCGCGUUCGCGGACCCGCUCGUCGACACCGUCCACAACUUCUCCAACGCCACGCACAUCCCGUCCUUCUUCAUCUCGUUCAUCGCCCUCCCGCUGGCCACCAACUCCAGCGAGGCCGUCUCCGCCAUCAUCUUCGCCAGCAGGAAGAAGCAGAGGACCUGCUCCCUCACCUUCUCGGAGGUGUACGGCGGCGUGACGAUGAACAACACGCUGUGCCUGGGCGUGUUCCUGGCGCUCAUCUACUUCCGGAACCUGACAUGGGACUUCUCGUCGGAGGUGCUCAUCAUCCUGGUUGUGUGCGUCAUCAUGGCCCUCUUCACCAGCUUCGGGACCACGUUCCCGCUCUGGACCUGCCUCGUCGCCUACAUGCUCUAUCCCCUCUCGCUGGUCAUCGUCUACAUCCUCGACUACGUCUUCGGCUGGUCAUAGGCUCAUUGGUUCUCCUCAUGUGGACGCCUGUUUUUUGGCGGACACCAGUCGGUUUGAUCCUGUAAUUUUGACUGCUGUGAGCUAUGUGCAGACUCGUUUUCUCGUGUUAAUGUAAUCACGCUCUACUUUCUAUCUUUCCCUGUGUAUCCAAACCACGUACUUCACAUUCUAACAACCGCUGCAUUCUUGAGCUCCA